UCUCGCCAUUCGCGUACUGUUUGUCGCACUAAUCGGCAGUUUCGGAUUAUUGCAGCCAGCAACACUCAAUUUUGUUGUCUUGCCAUUUUGCUCACUAUCGUCAAUAAUAACAUUGUUUGUGUACAAAAAGCCAAUAAUCUAAAAUAAAUAAAAGCGCAAAAGAAGAAAAAAGAUUUUGUAAUGCCAGAAAUAAGCGCGUUCGCUUAAGUUCUUGCCCGCAAGUGUCGCUAAUCUAUUUAUUGUAAACAGAUUUGAAUGCGUUUGUCUCGGUAUCAGUGGUAUUUUUCACUUUUCAAGUAGAAAAAAGUGGCAGAAACUAAAAAUUCAACACGAAUUUCCAACUUUUCCUCGAGUACGCGCCGUCUUUGGACAGCAGUUCGGGUCGCACAAAAGCGAAAGUGAAACGUAGUACCGUGUCGUGUGCCCUCAAUUCCUUAAGUUUUUUCGCAUUAUUAGACUUUGUAAGUGAAAGCGCGCAGCGUCAUGUGGAAACGUUGUGCCACCCUCGUCACGUGCCAAUUGAAGCAUCCACGCUGCCGUUACAGUAGCGGCGCCAGCAACGCCGAGGGCGAUGCGAAAGCGCGUCUGGGCAUUAUUGGUGUGCCCUUCUCGAAGGGCCAGGGUAAGGGCGGUGUGGAAAAAGCGCCUGCACUACUGCGCGAGCAUGGGCUAGUGCCGCUACUCGAACAGGUGUCCUGCGGCCAACUAGAGGUACACGACUAUGGCGAUCUGCAAUUCGAUGUGGAUCCCAUACCAACGGAGGCACCGGAAUAUAGUAAAAUUAAAAAUUAUGGUGAAUUUAUGGGCUGCAACAAGGCGCUGAUCCGCAAAGUGCAGCAGCUGUUGCAGGAGAACGAUCAGUUCCUGACGAUCGGUGGCGAUCAUGCAAUUGGUUUUGUUUGGCCGCUGAUCAGCUUGUUUACAUUGGUUUGAGGGACAUUGACCCGUACGAAGCGUAUAUCCUGAAUAAAUUGGGCAUACGAGCGUUCGCGAUGGAUUCUGUGGACAAAUACGGCAUCUCUAAAAUCAUCGAACGUACACUGGACUCACUGAAACCGCAAAAUAAGAUACAUGUCAGUUUCGAUAUCGACGCCUUGGACAAAGCCGUAGCACCCAGUACUGGUACAGCUGUUUGUGCCGGCCUAACAUUACGCGAGGGUAUAUCGGUGGUAGAGGCGCUACGUGACACGAAUCGCGUGCAAGGCAUCGAUUUGGUGGAAUUGAAUCCAAGCUUAGGCAAUGAGCAAGAUGUGAACACCACAAUUGCAUCGAGUUUGGAAAUAUUGAAAAGCAUAUGCGGUUACAAACGCAGCGGUAAUUUCGCCAAUAUAAAGAUGGAUCUGUUCGAGACAGUGAAAAAUUAAUAUAAUAACAUAUCGACGAGUACGUUUUAACUAAUUGCAUACUAAUUCUUUGCAUUGCAUUGUUGAAAUUCUUAUUACAUAUGUACAUACAUAUACUUAUAUUAAUAAUGGUGUAUGUGUUUGUUUAAAUUGGGUAUUUAUUAGCUGUGACCCAGAUUGCCAAAUAAAAAUAGUAUAUUAUUCUUACAAAGAACA